AUGACUUCCUUCUGCUCAGCACGUUUACGAGUCCAGGCGGAGCAGCAGGCGCUCGGCUACACACGGGGCCUGUCUCUGUCUCUGCAGACGAGCAGGGGAUCAUUCGUCCACAUGAAGUGCCUGCUGAUCGCCAGUGAAAGUGCUGAGGUGCUUUUCUACUGGACUGACCCAGAGUUUCAGCACAAUGUCCAGCAGCAGUAUGGGGCGUCCCAAGAAGAGGGCCACGGGCUCCCUGCCUUCGAAGACAGCAUCAGCACCCUGUUUGCCCCUGUCAUUAUCUCCUGCAUCACUAUGGUGGACCGACUCGGCGACAGCUAUGCCUCCUUCACCACGGAGAACAACCACGUCUAUGUCCUUCAGCAGUUCGAAGAGUGCCUCUACAUUGCUGUGAAUGGCGACGGUGACGAGGAUGAGGAUGACCUGAGGAGGAAGAUCUACGUGAUGAAGAAGAUGGUCGAGGUGCUGUUUGGAAUGGUGACGCUCAGCAGCACCCUCCUGAGAAAGGAACUGCGACCUCAAGACACGGAGCUGAGAACCCGACUGUGGAAGAAGCUGCAGAGUUUACUUGAGACCUACAGCCACCUGCGCCAGAACGACCAGAGCUUUUUAGUCGAGGCCGUCGAGCGUCUGAUCCAUCCAACACUAUGUGAACAGUGCAUAGAGUUUUUAGAGCGGCGUUUAGUGCAGCAGCUGAACAGCAGCGGCGAGCGCGCAGGAGAGGAGGUGGUGCAUGCCUUCAUACUGGUUCACACCAAACUACUGGCCUUCUAUUCAAGCCGUAAUGCGAGUUCCCUGGUCACCUCUGAUCUGCUGGCGCUCAUCAUAAUGGCACAGAACAUGUAUCCAAGCAGCUCUGAUCUGGACGACAAUGGCCCAGAGGAUGCAGAAAGUACAUCUGGUUCUGGUCCGGAUGUUUUUUACACUCCUGAGCCUUCGCCCUCUGAGGGAGACUCCGAUAGUUCCAAUGGCUCAAGUAAGCUAAAGAAGACACAUGACAUGCCUGUAUUUGAGUUUGUGGACCCAGACCUCCAGAUGGCUGAGGACAGCUUACAGAGUCUAAGGGUCCCUCCUCCUGACCCAUCUACUCCACAAAGAGUUUUCUUAGAAGUGUCUCUCAAAGAGGGCUUGUAUCCCAUGAUGCCUCACUCCAUGUACUGCCUUCCCCUGUGGCCUGGCAUCACUCUAGUACUACUAACAAAAAUUCCCACCAGUGCCUUGGCAAUGCCCAUUUAUGUGUUCUUAGAAGCCUUUGCAAAGUUGGAGAAGCGCCUACAAGAAGGCCACGAAGGCUCAGCCGCCACAAGAGGUCCGCCAGCCAUACAGGAAGUGCGAGGGAAGCUGGAUAAAUUCAUCAAAGUCCUGGGCCCCAGUGAUAUUCAGGCUGUGCCACUAUUAAACGUUUGGACAGAAUUCAAAAACAGAGCUUUUUCCAAAGGAGGACACGGCUUCACAAAAGAUUUGAUCCCUUGGUGUAAGAAUAUGAAGACGCAGCUUUGUGGCAUAUACCGUCAGUGCUUUUUGUCUGACUCCGGAUCAGUGGAUGCCCCUCGCCAUCUAAGCCUCGGUCUUCAGGAACGAGCGCAGGCCCUGGUCCAAGAGAAACUGAUGGACUGGAAGGAAUUUCUUUUAGUUAAGAGUAAAAGAAAUAUUACCAUGGUCUCGUAUUUGGAGGAUUUCCCAGGAUUGAUCCAUUUCAUUUGCAUUGAUCGAUCGACUGGUCAAAUGAUUGCACCGUCACUUAAUAUCACAGAACACAACUCGUCUGAGCUGGGGAAGGGUCCCGUGGCACAGUUCAUCAAAAGAAAGGUCUGGGGGCUUGUAAACGCAGCCCGAAGGUACUUACAGAAAGGCUAUUCCACGGUCACACUUCGUGAUGGGGACUUCUUCUUUUGCUACUUCCUUUGGUUCGAAAAUGAAACGGGAUUCAAAUUGGAUGCUGUGGAUUUGCCUAUUUUACCUGAUGACUCUGCACCAAUUGGAAUGCUCUCCUGGGACUAUUACAGGAAGUUGAGGCGGUUUUACAGUAAGAACCACCAGGGGGAGUUAGUCCGGUGUUUUGAGCUGCUCACCAUUCAUCUGGGGGUCAUCCCCUCUGAGAUCAUCCUCCAGCACUGCAGGCAGCUGGCAAGUAAACUCUGGGAGCCCUCCCGAAACCCUCUGCUCUAG